AUGUGGCUGUUGAUAUUUGCUGCAUUGCUUAUUCUACACCGUGUUCAAGGACAGAAUGGGACACUGGGCUUAAGUGAUGGAUUUUUGACUUUCAACACGUCAAUUUUCAAUGUUCAGCUCGUCAAGGACUCACAGACCUUAUAUUCUCUGACUCCCAAAGGGUCCACCUUCAACUUCAUUCCUACCGACCAAAUGACUGCUCGUGCAAACAACCUCAACUAUCAUCUUGGUGACAUAACAUUCAGAGCACGCAAAGUCGGAACUACUGCAUGGACAAGCGGAGACUCGUCUGCAGCACGAAAGAAACUCACCGCCAACACGGUCUCUGGCACAACACUGGCAUCUGCCCUCUUGACACCCACUCUCCCAAGCACAUCUCUCCUGACAAUAACUCGCCGUUGGGUCACCGAUGCGAACGGAAUCCAACUCCUCUUCGAUGUCACGAACCCUCAAAAUGUGGCUGUCGAGAUUGGGGCUCUUGGUGCACCUCUCGAGUUCAACAAUAUAUUUACUGGUCGUACCGCAGCACAAACAAACACUAUCUGCAGUCUCUUCGAUCCCUACAUCGGCCAGGAUGCUGGUUUUGUUCAGGUUACUCCACUGUUAGGCACGCUUCCGCCGCUGGUGGUGACUCCAGUAGGGAAAAGUCCUCUUGAAGGCUGGCGCUUUCUUCCCGAAUCAACUUCUGCCACGCCUUUUUACCAGAGUCAGACCUUUGAAGGUUUAUAUGAAUGGCAAUUCCACACCCUUGCCUAUGCGGAAAACGAGUGGGCCAAUACAACUCCUUGGAAUGCACCUACCUCGUUUGUCCUCCAACCAGGACAAACUCGCACAUACGGCAUCGCUUUCCGGCUUGCAUCUUCCAUUCGGACCAUCGAGCAGACCCUACAGGCGAACUCACGGCCCGUCGCGGUUGGCAUCCCGGGAUAUGUUCUCCCGCUCGACCAAGUAGGAAAAGUUUUCCUCAGUUACUCGUCGGCUGUGGCAAACGUCAGUGUGUCACCUGCUGACGCGCUCACGUGGACAACAAAUGCUGAUGCGAUCACGACUGGCUGGAGUGGCUACACUAUUACGCCACGGACAUGGGGUCGCUCGAGAUUGACGGUGACAUAUGCCGAUGGGGUCGUUCAAACGUUGCAUUUCUAUGUGACGAAUGGCGCGACACAAGCGAUUUCGAACCUGGGGAACUUCUUGACCACCAGUCAAUGGUUCGACGACCCAACCGACCCAUUCAAACGCUCGCCGUCCAUCAUCAGCUACGAUAGGCAAGCUAAUGCCAUCGUGAAGAACGAUCCACGUGCUUGGAUUCCGGGUUUAAGUGACGAGGCAGGUGCAGGAUCUUGGCUCGCUGCUGCCAUGAAGCAGUACGUUCAGCCAUCUGCCGCAGAGGUCACAAAACUUGAACAAUUCAUCAACCUGACGUUGUAUGGAUCCAUCCAAAACCUGAAUUAUACGGUCAAGAAAGCGGUCUUCUUUUACGACCCGAAACUUGAACCCAACUAUAACUACCCAAGCAGCAUCGACUGGGGCAACUGGUGGAGCUGGAAUCAACCCUCUUCUUAUGCAACGGACCGGGCCUACGAUUACGUGCACGUCAUUGCUGCCUAUUGGGCCCUUUACCGGGUCGCGCGAAACUACCCUGCACUCGUUAGCACGCACACGUGGCAGUGGUACAUCAAUCAGGCGGUCAAUACGGUCAAGGCGAUGAUGAGCUCUAGUGUUGGGUUCAACCUGGAUGGACUCAUGGGGGAAACUGUUAUCCGGUAUCUGUUGGACGAUUUGACACGCGAGGGCUUGACAGCAAAUGCGACGUUUGUGCAGGCGCAGAUGAGGAUGCGGUGGUCAGGCUGGUCGACCGAGAGAUACCCGUUCGGUUCAGAGAUGGCGUGGGACUCCACAGGACAAGAAGGAGUAUAUGCCUGGUCCAAGUUCUUCAACGACACAACAACUGCCACGAAUGCCCUCAAUUCCAUUCUCGCAUAUCAACCGUUGAUUCCUCAUUGGGGCUACAACGGCAACGCGCGGCGCUAUUGGGACAACGUUUAUGGCGGAAAAUUGAUGCGGAUUGAACGUCAGAUUCACCAUUACGGUAGUGGCUUGAACGCUUUGCCGUUAUCGAGCGCCUUCCAGACUGCACCGACCGACUACUAUCUCUUGCGGGUGGGAUAUGCGGGACUGAGUGCGACACUCAGCAACAUUGAUCAAGGAGGAUUUGCCGCGGCGUCAUUCCAUUCGUUCGCUGACACUCUUGCUUGGGACGGAUAUUCGGGAGAUUAUGGCCCAAAUUUUUCAGGACACAGUUUGGGUAUCGGGACGACACUGAUCAACCACCCCGACUUUGGCUGGCAAGCAUUUGGUGGUACUGUCACCUCCACCAACUCGACGGUGACAGUGCAAAUCAAAGACUCUGCCCGCCGGAGGGUGUUCAUUGCGCCUAUUGCCGCGUUGCUUUCUCUGGACGCUGGAGCGUUUUCUGCGAUAAGCUACACGCCCAGUACCCAGACUGUGGUCGUGACAGUGACGCCUGUUGCAUCGGGUGCCUCCAGCGCGGCUGCAAAUGCACCGAAUGCGAGAUUGGUGGUGUCGCAGACUGUAGCCACUGGAGGAGUUGGUGUGUUGAAGCCGACAACGACAUUCACUACGGACGCAGGUGCCUUCGUGAUGGCAUAUUCGAAUGGAGUUGGGACUAUAACGCUGAAGGCAUCAUAA